UCGGCGCGGUCCCAGAGCGCGCAGGGGUUGACGCUGAGGACUGGGCUUUGGGUCGUAAAUACCGACAACGCCGCAGGUGGACAAGUCUGCGCGCCUGGAGCCCCACGGAUCAGCCUGGAACCCCGUCUCUCCAAUGUAUAUAUAUGCCAGUGUCGAUUGAUAGCGUAGUGAAACUGAUCGUCCUAAACCUUGGCUACAGAAGUACAAAGCAUUACAUUGGAGGGCACGGGUGUGAAUAACGAUAAAAGCAGUCGCCCCAGCAGUGCCAUCAGCCCGCAUCCCAGGAGCAUCGUGCCGAUUGCAUACGCAAGAUGCCCAUUCGAGCUGUUCAUCAUCUCCUUGUUGAACAGGAACUCGUGAGCCAGAAGCUACGGCUGGUCAGCCUCCGAAGAUCGCAAGAGCACGUAACCACCCACCUCAACCAGCCCCGUCGCUGCCCGGGUUGUACGUCCUCCGCACGCCAAGACCAACAGCGAUACCGAUGGGAGUGCUGAACCCGUAUAUGAUCGCAGCGACGACCGGAACGUAAUUGUAGCGUGGCGGAAGCCUGAUGCCGGCUAGCCGCGAGCCGAGACCGAGGCCUUCAAAUGUCUCUGAGAGGAAUAAGCGCCUGGCCGGGGCCGACUCCCGCAGGAAAUGCGCACGCACGAUGGAAGAUGAUCACCGCGAAUAGCACCCGGAAGCCCUCGUCGACGGCAAGGGUCAGGCCAAUGAGCACGCUGUGCAGCAGCACACCGAACUCGAGGAUAGCGAUACCCACGAUCUGCGCACUCGCCGAAUUGUCGAAUCGCUCCCCGUGGUGGUGCCCAUGAUGCUCAUGCUGAUGCUGAUGCGCAGAUUCCUCGACGUCGCGCUCCUUCUCGAUCAGUUCCGCCUCUGUCUGCGUGCUUUUCGGCGGCGUUGCCGAGCCUCCCUCAGGCCCAUGUGCAGCAUGCGAGCCUACAAAGUGACCAUGCGGGUCUGGAGACGAUCAGGAUCGUGGACAACAUCUCCGCAACCGGUGUCGUCGCAACUCACCGUGGCGAAGCCCGAUGCUCUCCAGCUUGGACGUCCCCCACCUAAAUGCGACUAGCUCGAGCACAAAUAUGGAGAAGAUGCUGAGAAGGCAUAGUGCCAGGGCGUAGGGCUGAUGGCGGCUUAGCGCGGCUUAGAUCGGUAGGGCCGCAGAACGCACAUAGUCUGUCCACCCCGGCGACAAACAAGGAGAGGAUAGCUCGGUUAGCGCCGGUGAGAGAAGGUGUAUGAAGGCCGUGGCAAUCUGGAAGACGGCUCAGAGGGUGGGCAACCGAACACAGAACCGCGCCUCCACGCACGAUAACACCCGACCCGAAGUAUUUUGCGAAGCUGCGGGACUUGAGUCAAACAAACGAAGCACUAGAUGAGGAGGCAUGCUCACUCAAAUACGGCCUUCGGUACGUGCAGCCAUGUGGAUCGCCGCGCUAGCACCGGGAAUAGAGCGCCAGACGAUGCGCAAACGAGUACGAUGAAGACCGAUGCCACACGGAGAUGGAAGUACGCGUUGGUGUUGGCGACCGUUGAGCAUCCGGAAGACAUCAGGUGUCGCGGCGACGGGGAUGUGCGUCUAAUAAGGGCCCGGGCUGGCGUAUAUCGGGCUGGGAGAGCAGAUAUAUGUUUUCGCGUAUUCAAACAGGCGGUGACUGCGAGGGUGCUCAGUUUGAUGGCUGGUUAUUCAGACCCUCUCGUGAUUGAUGUCAAGCAUCAGGCAAAACAUAAUUCGGCUUGAGAUCAAUGACAGCCUACGGGGAAAGAGAGAGGGUCAUUCAAAAGUUAAUUCCAAGUGUGGGGGAAAGGAUACCGUCGUGCCACUUUGAAUAACUUCGAAUCGAAGGUAACAUGAAGUUGAAGAUGACAAGGAGGUUUUUGGACAUCAAGUUUGGGAGCACAGAAAAUGGGUCAACAGUGUGUUCAUAUUAUGAGACGGAUGGCCGGGAGUUUAGACCACCAAACUUCCAUUCCGUGACGCACAUUGACAAGUUGACACCCAGCAAGCAGUUUCGAGCAAACGAAGUUUUAAUUCGCUUUAGGGUAACCGAGUGAACCGACUGUAGAGUACAACUUGUGUGUAGAGACUUGGUCCUCCUAGAGCUGCCCCUGAGGGGACGCGGAUGAGUUGAUGGGCUGCUGCCAACUGUCAACCCAUCAUUUUCUAGCCCUACGUCGGCCUUGAUGCACUAGGACCCUUAGCAUUCAGAUUCGCAUACGGCUUGUCCCAGACGGGCCUGUCACGCUCUGCGGCUAGGCCGUUUGACACCGAACAAUCACGGAGUCAAAAUCCGAUGAUGCAAUUGGCCCCGAGGCGCGCCUCUCGAUCGCGGAUCCCCACUCGAGCUCCAACGUGGAGGCUAUCGAAUGCAAUGCGAUACGCGGGCGACGGUCCCACGGCUUCGCAGCAACUAAUUCAGCAGGCUCCUCGGAGGCUUGACGUGAGGAUUGGCGGGUCCACACAAGCCAUGCAUUGGGAAAGACUCCGGCUGAGCGAGCAUCAAGCGCGUCAGGGCAGCAUCAAACAUCCACGCAACGCUUAUAUUUGUCGAGGCCCUUCUUAUUUUUUGGAAGCGCGAGGUGUGAACUCUGAAUCACUGAUUCGCGUGGUAGUCUUCGGUGUGCUUCAGUGACCCACACAGUUGUUUGAAACGUUGUUCUUUACUAUCUGGUCGUACACUACCCGACAGACUGACGCAGUCGCGUCCACCGAACCAUGAGCCAUGCUCACCCUUCGCUCCUUUCUUCACUACUGUCUUUGGCUUUACUCUUGUCGUUCUUCGUUCUGGCAGCGGCGACCCCUGCACCUGCACCUAUACCUGCGCCGGCCCCUGAUUUCGUAUUCAGCAUAGGCGGCUUCCCGAUCACAAUACCUUUCCCUCCCUUCGGUAAACCGACUCCUCCUUCCAAUCCGGGAAACGGCGGGCAGCCAGGCAAUGGAGGCGGGUACGGGAAUGGGAAUGGGAAUGGAAAUGGGGGAGGUGGCCAGGGAGGACAGCCAACCUCGCCACCGCAGACUCCUCCUCCUUCGCAGCCGACCCCGCCCCCAUACACCCCACCACCUGCACCCCCACCUCAGCAGACAUCUCAAACUCCACCACCGUCUUCUCCCACUCAGCAGCCACAGCAGCCCGAACAGCCGCAGCAGCCGCCACCUCCCGCUACUUCUACUGAACAGUCGCCGCCACCACCACCAACAUCCACGUCUGUAGUGGCAGCCCCUCCUCCUCCUCCUCAAUCAACAUCGACUACCUUGCUUCCUGUAGUAACUACGGAUCCUGCGCCUACGCCUACGCCUACGCAACCGAAUAACAGCGGCGGCACUACCGCGCACCAGCUGGCUCCGAUUGUGUCUUCCGCCAGCAAACAUGGGGCGUCAACGACGCAAGACUCGUUCCCCCAGGGUUCUUCUGGCCCCUCCGAUAUUGGCAUCGGCUCGGCCGCGGAUCAAACUUCCACUGCUCCGUUCUUUGGUCCAGCAGCGACCGAUUCCGCAGCAUCAUCGGCCUCAACGGCUCCGUCGGCGACUGCUGCGGUCUCGCAUGUCAACGUCGCCGUGAUCGUCGUCCCCGUGCUCAUCGUCCUCACAACUCUGGUCGGCUUGCUUGUGUUUCUAGCCGUGCGUCGCCGGAGACAAAAGAACCGCGAUCGAUUCUGGCAGGGAAACGACGAUCUCAUGCGCGAGAAGCCGGCCAGCGGAGCCAAUGCCUGGAACCGGCUCGAGACCCCGCCACCGCCGCCCUCGCCACUCCCGGCCUCGAUCACGUUCGCGGCACCAGCCCUCGUGGUGACGCGGACACCAAUGCCGCCCGUUCCACCUCCCGUUGACGACAACCCCGCGCCGCCCAUGCUCCACCGGAAUCUCACCGUCUCGACGAGGCGGCUUUCCGACGAUGCGCGGUCGCGCGUGUCGAGUCUCAUGGACUCGCCGUUCCACCUGAGCGAGUCCCCGCUUGACUUGCAGGACGAGCCAGCCCUGGCGGAGUCGCGCCGUUCGAUGGACGGGCAUUUCACGGAUCCUCCGUUUUCCCGGGAUUCGGGCGUUCUCCCGUACAGUCUAGAUGCUUCACAGUUGUUGUGAGGUGGGUGGGUGGGAGAUGUGCAGUGCAUAUAGGUCUCUAGUUACAGUACAUACUUGCCUUUGUCUUGGUGCUCUCUGUCCUAUAAUGUAUCGAUUUGCUUCCGG